AUGAUGUGUGCUGGUCCGUAUGGUGUACCACAAUUCCAUAUGAGGGUAUUCUUAUGGGGGGAGGCCUUCCCACCGAGAGCUUUGCCUCAAUUCCCACUGCCUACUCAUGAUGUGGGGUUAAAGGGUCAGAUCCCUACUAAAUGGGAGCAAAGCUGUGUUGCUUAUAAUAAAAGCCACAAUCAUCCAUUGAGAAGAAAGCUUUUGUUGGAGGAUUCUCUAUCGGAUAUUCCAGAGGUUGAAAACCAUGAAAACCGUGAUGAAAUGUCUUAUGGAAAGGAGCCCCAAAUAGAAUUCUAUAAAUUUAUUAGGCUUAGCAAAGAUGCUUUACUUGGGAAUUCAAAGAAUAAUUUGUCUUUGAAUGAGAUUCUUUAUGAUCACCGUUCUCUUAAAAUGAAUGAUGAUGACCAUUAA